AUGCCGGCCAAAGGUCCCCUGCAAUCGGUCCAGGUUUUUGGGCGGAAAAAAACUGCCACUGCAGUUGCCCACUGCAAAAGAGGCAAUGGCCUGAUUAAGGUGAACGGCAGACCCUUGGAGAUGAUCGAGCCCGCCACCCUCCAAUACAAGCUCCUGGAGCCUGUGCUGCUGCUGGGCAAAGAGCGUUUCGCCGGAGUUGACAUCAGAGUCCGCGUGAAGGGAGGCGGACAUGUCGCUCAGGUUUACGCCAUCCGUCAGGCCAUCUCCAAAUCAUUGGUGGCGUAUUAUCAGAAGUAUGUGGAUGAAGCCUCUAAGAAGGAGAUCAAGGACAUCUUGAUCCAGUACGACAGGACCCUGUUGGUCGCCGACCCGCGCCGCUGUGAGUCCAAGAAAUUCGGUGGACCAGGAGCCCGCGCCCGCUACCAGAAGUCCUACCGUUAA